CGGUGUAUACAUUUCACGUGUAUUUUGUAUUGUAUUUGUAAACCUUGAAAAAAUAGAUUUUCAACCAGAACUAGGAAAACUUUAUAUUUGUGGUCACGAGCGUAAAGGACAUCUUUCCGUUGGAGUUUACACUUUCGGCGUACAUUAAUGGCGAACCGAAGGGUCAUUUUAAUGGUCCAAAAUUGCUAGAUUUAACCUGUCCGCCGCAUAUAUUUAGAGGACUUUUAGAAUCCGCUUCUACGUUAAAGAUGAAUUGGACGUACAUCGAAAAUAGGACGCUGGAGGAGAAGGUCAACGUUACAUUUCAGUUAAAGUAUAGAAAAUUGGAGGACAACGCUGCGGUAUACAAGAGGGUUUUCGUACGGCAAAUGAUAAAAGACUGCUGGUUAUGGCUGAAGUUGAAUGAAGCUUCUGUGAGUUGGAAGGACUUUCCACGAAGACUCGACUGCCAGGCAUGGUUUCCCGGUCACGAGGAACGAAGAGGAGUGGCGAUUGUCCUUGUACGUUUAAACGUUCCAUGUGCAAGGGGUUAUCUUCACUUUUCCGGUCUAAACACGUCUCAGCAUCAGUACAUUCGUAGUCACAAGCAGGCUCAUCUCUGCGGCAAACUGGAAGAGCUCUCGGAUACAGAUCGACACAUUUACUUUCCAUCGUCGCACACCGCCCCAUUUUUACAUUUACACGGCAGUCCGAUGUUCGCGUUUUCGUACAGGACUGUCGAUUAUUGUUACAACAUGACGUUUCUAGGUCGAAACGGCUCGUUCGAAUUAAAACCGAGCGACGAUCUCGAAUGUACGUUUAAAAUUUAUUUGCCCUACGGAAAUCGUGUCGCUUUGACUUUACAAAUUGGCGAUAGCACUUCGACAGGUACACCCGAUACGGCGAUCGAUUUACAAGAGCGCAAAAGUGGCGACAUAAAAUGCGAAGGGCUGUUAACGCAGCUAUUGGACGGCGAAAGCGCCUGGUGGCAUUGUACGAGACCGGGGGAUGCCGAAAAACAAAUUCAAAUACUCUCGAGAGAAAAUAAAGUGGUGCUUAGAGUGUCUGUGCGAAGUUCGAGUGGAAGUGCUUUGGGACUGAGGAUGAUUUACAAAGCGGAGGCCGUGGACGAGAUUGUGGGUAGAUGCGGUUUCGGCUGGAUCGCGCUGAGGCAAUUUUGCGUCGGUGCAUUCGAAACGUCCAAGCUACCUUGGGCUCAGGCGGAAAUGGAAUGCGCGAGAAAGGGGGGACAUCUCAUCAGCAUAAGAAAUGAAAGGACCCAAAAUCUAGUUAAUAAUUUGCUUCUGAACAGGAAGUGAACGCCAUGAGUACCACUUACCGUGCACCUGAAGUGCUAAAAAUAUUUUAUGAAAAUCGUAAACGAGAAGUCAGAAAACUUGCAGCAGAGGAAAAAAGGAAGUAUUUGCGACAGGAGGAGGCUAAAUCAAUAUACCAAAAAAAGAACCUUGUCAUGACAUUAUCCUUUCGAUUAUGAAUACGAAAACUGUGUAUGGAUUGGAAAAUGAUCUCGAUGGUGAUGCAGAACAAGAGGAAAAUGUAGAGCCUGUGGAUUUAGAUAUUUCAGAAGACGUACAAGAUAAUAAUAUAGAUGUUGUGUAUGAAUCAUUACAUUUAAGCGACGAUGAGGACAAUAUAACAUGGAGGAGACACAUACCAUCCGAUUUACAGAAACCAAUUACUUCUAAUUUAAUUCAUUCAAAUGAAAAAGGAAGUGGGAAAAGAAAAAGUAAUGUGGAAGACAGUACACCUACACCAAAAAGAAGGCAAACAUUGCCUACCUCAAGGCGUCGUCCAACAACCCAAAUUAAGGCAUUAUCAAGAUCAGAAUUGGCAGAGAAGUACGAUUUGCUCCUUGACAAAAGAAUCGAUAUGGUCAAUUAUCAAAAUAAGAAAAUGGAAGAAGAACUAAAAAGUAUAGAACGUGAAAGAGAACUAAAAGUGGAAUUACUUAAAUUACAGAUUCAAGUAGAAAAGGAAAAAUUAAAG